AUGGGUUGUUCUUUACAAAAAUCAUCUGAUCGUAUUCCAUCAAAUAAACGAUACUCUAUUAAUACAAAUACAUGUAAUAUAGUAAAAAUAAUAUAAGAAGAAACACCAGAUAAAAAACCAAGUUUAGAGGUUUUUAAUCCAAUAUUAAGGAAAGUAGUACAAGUACCAAUUUUAGUACCUGCUUCUAAAAGUAAUAUAAUGAAGAGAAGGAGUACAUAAAUGAUGACUAUAGGGUUAUGA